GCGGAUAUGGGUCCGUUGAGGAAUAUGGCGCUGUACCAGUACAACUCGAAACGCCUCUCUGCGCAACUUUGCGAAAUGUCAAAAGCGAUCCCGCACCUCAAGAAAGGUAUGCAGAACGUCCUUGCCGAAUCCUUGCGUCGGGGAAUAUGGCGAUGGAUUGAACUCUACCCUAGGGAAUUCGUGGGGCUGUGGAGGACGAGAAGAAGGCUGGAGGGAGCGGGGGCUGAGGAGAUGUUUGAUUUGGUGUACGGGAUGGGGAGUGAUACGAAGCGGAAGAGUGUGUUUAGGCCGUUGCAGACGAUGCUGUUGCUGCUCUGUCCAGAUGUAUUUACGACGUGUAUGUUGAACAUGGAACAGCUCAAAUCGUCCUCCACCUCUAAGGGGCUCGGACAUGGCGGAAGUAAUAAGUUGUAUUAUGAGGCUGUUGCGUUGUGUAUGGUCGAUAUCUGCAAAGCUGCGUCGAUGCUACCACCGAACGACGGGAGUGUUCUACGAGGGUAUGUUAUUGACGUGGAGAAUGAGGUUCGGAAUGUCUUGUUUCCGGCUGGUGUACAGAAUACGAUCACGGACCAGCAACUCCUCGUCGAGGGGUUUCUGGCGAUGUACAAGAUUCACCCCGAGGCGACGUUGGCGAGCAUUGUUCCGAGGUGUAUCGACCAGGGAAGUGUCUUGCUGCAUCAAUUGGUGUUAGUGAAGGCUUGUUGUGUACUCGCUGCACAGGCGAAAGUCGGGAAGACGCAGAGUUGGACGCCGGGGAUUGAGGGGAUUGUUCAUGGGUCGGGACGGGUGAAGGGGAAGAACGAGAAGAGGUACGUGGAUGAUGACGUGGUCAGUCCGAAGACAGUGCUGAGGUAUGUCUUGAGACUGUAUAUGCUCGACAUGAAUUUCGCGGCGUUGCAUAGUGCUGUUCAUCGGAAUCAUGCGGCGGAGACGAUGAUGAAUACCAUGGUCAGGUGUAUUGGAGAUCCAAAUAAGAAGUUACGCGAGAGUGCGUUGGAUUUAGCGGUUUUCUCGAUGAGUCCUGCUGGGGCUAGUAUUGGAAUCUCGAACAACCCUGACCCGGAGGAUCAGAUGCAUGCUUUUUGGAUGAUUGGGAGUGGGUUGCUCCUCGCUAUCUCGCGCAAGAUUCUGGAGUAUGGGCAGACAAGGGAUGAGUACCGAUCAGAGUUGAAGGCGUUGUCGAACAUUAUGCGGAGCAUGAAUUCGUUUUUGAGGGUCAAUCGGGAUCUGGCGAGUUUUGGGAUUAAGAUCCCGGAGAGGCUGGCUGCGAUCGUGGCGACGGAGAUUUCGCUGUUGAUUUUGUUGUGUUCGACGGAUAUGACCACCAUCACGGGCGCCGUGAACGCAUUCCAGGCUAUGGUUGAGGGAUGGUACUUGACGGAGACGUAUGAAAAUGAACUCGAUACGACGUAUACGAAUGUCAUGAGCAACUUCCCGUUGUAUACGGAGUUGUUUACGGAGGGCUUCCAGGUUGUUACGAGGUUUGCGGUGCAGAAGAGGAUUAGGCGGAUGUUGAGGAUGAUGCACCGGCCUACGCCUGCUAACCUUGCCGCAUGGGGGGAGGGAUGGAAGAGAUGGCGUGUGCUCACCAAGACUAAUUUGAAUCCACCUGUGCUGACGAGUGAUUUGAAGACUUCGUGGAGGAACUAUACUGGGUUCUGUGCUUCCCUUGGUGGAUGCUGCGUGGACGAACAUUGUUUCCCGAUUGUCGGGCAGCAUAGCAAUGGCUUGCCGAACUUGAAUGUCCAGUCUGGUGAUUCUUCGAUUAUGGGGGAGAAUGAGGCGCCGAUUGUGCAGUUCAUGAAUGAGUUGUCUGAUUUACUGGUGUGCAACUCGGUCUUUAUUCGGGAGUUCGUCAGGGACACGCUUGCAUCGGACUUGAAUCCGAGGUUGCAUAUCCUUUUGCUUCAGUCUUUGGAGACGAAGGUGAAGGAAUUCUUUGACUCGAGGGGUCAUGCUAUCUGCAAGGAUCGCCAUACGCUUUUCGUUGAGCAGGCGAUUGCGCUGCUGAAGUGCAUCUUCGAUCGCGUGCAGGAUAACCUGGAUACCACCUUUGCUGUUGACGUUGGGCAGAUCAUCCUGAACCUAGCUCGUUACUUGGAGCAACUGACAAAAAAUGCCACGACUGUUCGCAUCCGGAUCAAGAUGGCUCAGUUGUGUGAGGUCGUGGCUACGCAGAGGGAUCUUCUUAACCUGCGCCAGGAAUUCCGAGUCAAAAAUGCGUUGGUUCGCUUGUUGGCAUACUGGACGACGGAUAUGAUCAGCAAGACUGCCGAGCUCAUUCCAGAUGAUCAGCAAUCCCAACUGAGUCGUCUUCAGCGUGAUCUGGACUUGGCUGUGCUCAAGGCUAUUUGCUGCUUAUUGUGGAAGUUGCCUUUGCAGCCUAAGGAUAUCCCUAAUGCGCUUGACCUUGCCGAUGCGAAGUCACGGCUGUUCUACGAAUACUUCUCGGUCUUCUUGAAGGUUCUGAACAGAUGUCGCGUGUUAGAGGUGAUUGAAAUUGGUCAUUUGACGAAGAACGCCAGUCAAGAUCUGCAGCACCUAUACCAGAAGAGCAAAGACCAGGUAAGGGACCUUGGUCCAUUGCGUACUGCUUGUGUGCAAGCUAUAUCCAAUAUGCUCAGCGCCAAUGUGGGCAGUGGAUUGAAGCACACCUUGAGGUUGAGUUACCACGAGGAACCAAAGAUUCGGUCUGCAUUCUUGCAAAUCUUGACGGAUGUGCUGUCUCAAGGUACCGAGUUCCAGGUCCUUGCUCAGACUGCUGCAGGCGACAGCUACGAUCGGUUGGUCGACGCUGUCACCGAAAGUCUUGGGUUUGCUCGUGCACUCUGUGACAGUUGUCCGACAUCUGAGAUUGAUGACAUGGCAAUUGUGAUGUUGAAUCUCUUCCAGUCCAAAGGUCGAGCGAUGGAUCUCUUGAAGACAUUGAUCAUUGACGAAGUGGAGAAUACCGACAAUGAAGCUGAGCUUCUUCGAAGAAACUGCAUGGCAACGAAGAUGAUGUCUGCCUUCGCCAAGCUUCAUGGCGGUACCUAUUUGGCCUCCACUCUCAAACCCGUGCUUGCUGAGGUUUUGAAGGAUGCAUCUCAAUUGGACCAGGAGCUGGACCCCUCAAAGGUUCAAUCCGAUCAGGAGCUGGCUCGUCAUGUUCAACGUUUGAAGUCGUUUACGCAAAAGUUUAUCGAGGCCAUCUGCCAAUCAGCGGCACACGUGCCUGCACCGUUCCGGGAACUUUGCUACCAUAUCUCUGUAUGUGUUGGCGUCCGUUUUCCAGAAGCUAAGUAUACUGCUGUUGGUGCUUUUGUCUUCUUGCGUUACUUCUGCCCCGCUAUUGUGGCUCCAGAGUCCGAGAGCUUGGUUGAUUCUGUUCCAACCAGGGAAGCGCGAAGGGCUUUACUUUUGAUUGCUAAGAUUGUCCAGAACUUGGCCAACAACGUGCUCUUUGGUGCAAAGGAGCCUUUUAUGGUUAUCCUCAACGAGUUCUUGACCUCAAACAUCUUUACGGUCACUGCGUUCCUGCGCGACAUAUCGGUGAACCCUGUGAACCCCGGCUAUAGUCUCCAGCGUCUGGCGGCCCAGCAGAAGCCUACGAAGGAUGUUCAGAUCAUGUUGCACAGGUUUUUGUUUGAGCACAGUGACCGUAUCAGGAAGACCCUGGUGACCCAGCGCACUUCUGGUAAGGACAAUGGUUCUAACGCCGCCCCGGAAAGUUACAUGGACAUCCGUUCGAUAUUUGCCCGCGUGUCGACUCUUGUUGCGCAGCUCGGGUCUCCACCUCUUGCCCAGAAGGUGGACAUGCAUGUAGCUGGCAAUCCGGGGGAAAUUUCCAUGGCGGCUUUGCGACAAUUCAUGUUGCGUAACAAGGAUCGAAACAUUGACUCCAUUUUGUCUUCGAAAGUUGUUUACAAUGCUGGACUUGGAAAAGAUGGACGCUCUGUGAUCAUCAUCCACUUGUCGAAGUUCCAAGCUGAGAUCAUGGAUUCUGAGCUUAUGGUAUACUGUGUGCUCAAAAUUCUGAGUGGAGUGUGGGCGAACCCCUACGACUUCCUGAUGGACGCCACCCAUUAUUCGGAUACGAAUGAAAUGCAUUCGUCCUGGGUGCAGCAGCUUCUCUCGGUGAUACCGGCUGAGGCAAGAGCCAACUGCGGCCGAUUUAUCUACCUUAACGUGAACACGACAUAUAGGAGGCGGUUGCGCAAGCGCAUUAGGCCUGCAAUUUCAUUCCAAUUGCAGAACAGCGCCAUGUUUUCCUCGAUGUUGUUCCUCAGCAACGUUCAGGAUCUUCAAGAGUUUUACAACUUGUCUGACGUCAAGUUGCCUAAAGAGACACUUGCCUUGGCGAACGAACCCUUUGCACUCUACCAAAACGUUAUUCGUGUGUCACCUUCGUCGACGUCGAAGAGAACACCGGUUAACAUUAAGAUUGGCACCGAACAUAUUCAAUUGACGACGAUGAAGCCCAUUGAGAUUCUCCCUGGGUUCCCGCACGGGCACCUCAAUGAUGUCUACAAGUUCAAUGAGAUUGCUGAUGUUACUUUGAUCAGUGGAAGCAGUGGUGAAGACAGUCACUUGUUUGUGCUCCGUGUUGACGAAGGCAAGACUACUAUUACGUUGUCCAGCAGGAAGCGACGUGCUAUCAGACAGCAUAUUCUGAAAGCACAAGCUACACAGGUCGCCUCGGGUCAAAGUACAGUAACAGACAGACUCAUUCGGCCGAAGGAUGUUCCCGGAACCCUAUUGCAAAUCGCUCUUUUGAAUAUUGGAAGUGAGGACGCUAACCUUCGGGUGUCAGCAUACAACUUACUCUGUGCAAUCAGCGUGGCUUUCAACUUUGAAAUUGCCAAAGAGGUGCUCUCUUCGGAACAUAUCUGCAUUCCAGCUUCUCAUUCCCUAUAUGUGGCCGAGCUGAGCAGUAAGCUCGCAGCCACGCAACCACAGUUGACGUUUGAGCUGGUAUCGGAGUUCUUCGUGGGCUACUACAAAUGUUCUCACUUCCAGAAGCAGCACACUAUACGAUACAUCCAGCCAUGGUUGGAUAACUUGGGCGCUUAUGUGCCUUUGUUUGGUGAUGACAAAGCUCAGGCAGAGGCGAAAUUACGCCAAAUGAUGUUGACAUUGAUCCACAUGACACACGGUGAUCCGGAGUUCUUCCACGGGAUUGAGCGGUGUGUCUGGCGUACUAUUGGUCGGAUUGAGUCUAUUGCAUCAAUUGUCCUAGACGAAUUGUUGCGUUUCGCUCUUGAUCAUGGUGUUGGAUCUCCGCAGGCUGAACUGGUGGCCAGAAUCUUCACUGCUUUUGAGCCUACAUACUACUAUGGAAAGCUUAUCACGCGUCUGCGGAAAUCUAUCUCGCGAGCCUUGAUCAAGUCUGCAAGCAGGCUGCCUGAUGAUGCUCCUUCCACCGAGUUAGGAGUUUUGGUCCGCGUCCUCCUUAUGGUUUCCUUUGGCAGCGGGCCUCAUGCAAUGAUGUAUAUACCGGAGAUCUGUCAUAUCACCAUGAUGAUGGUUGGCUGGGGCCGAUAUGCUGUCAGGGCUUCCAUGCAUGGAAUUUUGAUCAACACUCUGCAGUCUAUGUGUACUGCCACUCACCUAGACGAGGCUGCAUCACAGAAGAUGAAGGCGGCUUUAGUGGAGUUGUCGGGACCAAAGUUCAGGCUCUUGUUCGGUCUUCCGUACCAGAUGGCAGUGAACCCUAUUACCUACCUCGAUUCGCCUGCGGACAGUGUCACCAACGAAAGCAUUCCUCUGGCGUCUAUGGAGAUUGUCGCACAUUUUGUUUUGGAUGGUUUGACAAUGUGCGCGCCUUCGAUGGAUAUUGCUAACGCCUGGAGGGCUCGUUGGAUGAGUUUGAUCACCAGCACAGCGUUCCAGAUCAGCCCUGCUUUGCAGCCGCGUGCUUUCAUCGCUCUGGGUUGUCUAGCGUCUGAAGUUGAUGACGACCUGCUGUAUCAAGUCUUGGUGGCUCUCCGCAGUGCUCUCAAGCUUGUUGUGGCAAACGCCGGUGAUCAUCAGUUGCUGCUCAGUAUCGUCAUGAGUUUGACAAAGAUUGUACACGAACUUCCUCCGGGCUCGAAGUAUAUCUCCGAUUUGUUCUGGAUCGCUGUUGUUGUGCUUCACAUGGACGUUGUGCCGAUCUUCACAGCUGCCGUUAAUCUCAUCCAGGCUUGUUUGAGCGCACUGGCUGCGGUGGAUACUUUCCGUGUUGACUCCAUUGGCACUGUUCUUUUGCGUGGCCGAAGUCGCCUGGAGGAAAUCAUGUCAGCGAUUGACAUCAAGAUGCAGAUUCACUUCGACCCGCACUUUUCCUUCGCCCUCGCUGCUUGCUUGUUGAAGGGUCUCCACCACCCGUCCACUAAGGCGGCGACUAUCGCGGCCUUGACUACCUUCCUCGAGAUUGAAGGGAAGAACGGAAAUGAGGUGAACCACGAUUCAAGCAAGACUGUAGAUCCGCAGAUCCUGGCUUGUCUAAUGCUUCUCCUGCCGGUUAUGUCUAACCCAGUCGAAGCCAAGGAGGUGUUGUGGCUCGCAGGCCUG